UUUUAUUCAGAGAGCUCGCUGGGUCAUUUGUCAUGGCAAUGAAAAUAUUAAGAAAAAUCUACGAUUGUCAGUUUAAUGACUUUGAACGAACUGUCGUUGAACCGAGCUUAACAACUGAACUUGGAGGUCCCAGCUGGAGUCAGAUGCGUACUUGCAUGAAAACCAAGAUGCAAUUUAAAUUAUGUCUGCACCGGUAUAUCCCACGAAAAUGUAAGAACGCUACACAUCGUGUCGCAAAAGUACUACGACUGUCAACCGAUCUGCUGGGAGAUAUACUCCGUGCACGUGAAAACCUGAAGGUUAUUCAUCUGUUUAGAGAUCCAAGGGCAAUCAUCAAUUCAAGAAUUGAGACGACAUGGUACCCAACACAUAAAGAAGAACAAAUUAUUCAGAACGCCAAAGCUUUGUGCAAUAAAAUGCUGUAUGACUUUCAAGAAGGUCAAAAAUUAUUAAAACUUUAUCCUGAUAGAUUCAAGUUCGUUUAUUAUGAAGAUUUAAGCGAAAGCCCAUCCGGUAAAUCGAAAGAAUUAUUCAACUAUUUUGGUAUGGAUUUAGAUGAACAUAAAUACCCAAAAGUGAGAAACUUAUCUGUAUUUAACAACGCGAAGAAGCGAACUGAACGUGAGAAAAACACAGCAUUCUGGUGGAGAAAGUCCUUAAAGUGGGACAUUGUGCAGAAAAUGGAGCCAUUAUGUAAAGAUGUCUAUAAAGAACUUGGUUAUAAAGUUUUUACGAACGUGCAAGAAUAUCAAAACCUGUCAAUUUCAAGUGUUACUAUACCAAAUAAGUAUUUAAUUCUGAACGUUAAAGAGAAUGCAUCCCAAGAUUAGUUUGUAGCUUUAGUUUUGUUUACGUUAUACUUAAAAAAGUAAAAUUUCUACAUUCAUUAUUAUUAUUGUUAUCAUUAUUAUUA